UUUAGCUUACCCUCUUUCUAACGCCGUCGAUGGUAGCACCGACACCGCUUUUCGCAGCCCAAACAUUUCCAAGGAGGGCGACUUUAUCUCGAUAGACAUGUUCUCUGCUCUGGGUUCUGGUUGGAAAAUGCUAGAGAUGGCAUGGUUAAUUGACGCAGAUACCGAGCAAAUACUGCAGGCCUCUGAUUUUGAGUAUGCAAUGGACUCUAGUCGCUGGGCCCCUAUGGGUCAUGAGCUUGCUUGCGUCGACACAGAUGUUCCCGAUACCCAGUCUGCUCUGGAAGUUCGUUACCUUCGCGAGUGCUCCAUUGUGAUGCCUUCGGACGCUUCUAGUGCACGUUUAUUCCGAGCAAGGCUGAAAGAAAGCCUGGAUAUGCACUGGCGUGUAUAUGAAGUGUGGUUACGAGGAGUAUGGAGUCUAGAAUGGACAAGCACGUAAAUU